UGUUGGGACCAAGAAGUGAGAAAAAACCAUCAAGCCUUACAGCAAGAAUUUUUUCAUUGUCUGUCUGCACCUUGACAAAGGAGAGGAAUGGGCUGUAACAGAAACUGUGGUCUCCUCACUGGGGCCGUCAUCGGUGCUGUGCUGGCUAUCUUCGGAGGAGUUCUGAUACCAGUUGGAGAUAAACUUAUAGGCAAAGCAAUAAAAAAGGAUGCUGUCAUUGCAAAUGGUACCAUUGCUUUUGAAAAUUGGCUUGUGCCAGGAAGUACAGUUUACAGGCAAUUUUGGGUUUUCGAUGUGCAAAAUCCUUCAGAGGUAUUAGACAAAGGAGCACGUCCAAGACUUGAACAAAGAGGACCUUACACAUACAGGGUGCGAUAUUUACCCAAAGAAAAUAUCACGGAAAACUCUGAUGGCACAAUAUCCUACAUGUUGCCUAACAUUGCUCAUUUUGAACCUGAUAUGUCUGUUGGGACAGAAAAUGAUACCAUCACAUGCCUCAACCUUGCUGUUGUUGCUGCACCUGCCUUGUAUACAAACACUUUUAUACAACUACUAUUAAAUACUUGGAUUAAAAGUUCUAAGUCACAGAUGCUGCAGAACAGAACAGUGAAAGAAAUACUGUGGGGAUACAAAGAUCCCUUCUUAAACAAGAUCCCCUUCCCUGUGGACCCAGUUGUGGGAGUCUUCUACCCGUAUAAUGGGACAUUCGACGGACCUUACAAAGUCUACACUGGGAAAGAAGAUAUUAAAAAAACAGCAAUAAUUGAAAGCUAUAAAAACAAAAGGAAUCUUUCAUACUGGGAAGGUCACUGUGAUUUGGUUAAUGGCACAGAUGGCGCAUCAUUCCCACCGUUUGUUAAGAAGGAUCAGAUACUGCGCUUCUUCUCCUCCGAUAUUUGCAGAUCGAUCUAUGGAGUUUUCCAGGGCAAGCAGGAUGUGAAGGGAAUCUCACUCUAUCGUUUCACAGUUCCUCGUGAAGCAUUUGCAUCACCUGCUGAAGUCAAAGAUAAUUAUUGCUUCUGUACAGAUGAAGUCAUAUCAAAGAACUGCACAAUAGCUGGAGUCCUAGACAUUAGUGCCUGCAAAGCAGGAAAACCGGUAUUUAUCUCUCUUCCACAUUUUCUUCAUGCAAGUGAUUCUGUAUUGAACGAUGUUGAAGGCCUGAGCCCAAAUGAGAAGGAGCAUGAGACGUUUCUAGAUGUAGAGCCUAUCACUGGUUUUACACUACAAUUCGCUAAAAGGCUGCAAGUAAACCUCCUUGUGAAGCCUGCACCAAAAAUUGAAGCCUUAUCAAAAGUUAAAAAGCCUUACGUUUUUCCUCUUCUUUGGCUAAAUGAGUCUGCUGUUAUUGGAGAUGCAAAAGCAGAAAUGUUCAGAAAUAAAGUCACUGGUCGGGUCCAGAUGCUGAGUGUGCUGCAGAUGGUGUUGAUGAUCGCAGGUUCUGUGCUGUUCCUCGCAUUCAUGGGUUCCUAUUUCAUAUGCAGAUCAAAGAAAUUAAAAUAAGUAACAAAAGACGUCAGAGACAGGCAAUGUUUAAUUGAAAUUUCAGCCAAGAAGCAUGUUAAAAUUCAGAGACAAAAGGUAUGAUUUAAGGCACAGUCAGUCCACGUGCUAUGGAAUUCAACAUGCUUUUCCGUUUUGAGAAGACCAACUCACUAACCCAAAUAAGCUGAUGUUUCCAAAGGUCCACACUUCUGACAUCAUUAAAGAGGCCACCAUGGAAACUAUGCUUUCAAAUUACUUUGAUUAUUAGAACCUUGUUGCAAAUUUUAAAUGACAUUCAAGCAGACUGAAAUUGAGAUGCAGUUGGAUUUUCAGACCGUCUUCUGCCAUUUAUGCAACUUGCUACUUUUUUUCUUCUGGGAUUUGCAAGACAAAUGCAAACCAUUUGCUGAUGUUCUGUCUCUGAGCACAGGCUGGGAAUGACAACACCUUUGAGCUCAUGCUGUGCUCUAGAUGCUCUCAUUGCAAUAUUUCUUUCUGUUCCUUCAAGGAAUGAAAGCUGCUGCAAUAGAACUGCUCUCUGUCCUCUAUUCAGGGAUGUGAAUUGCAUUGAAUGUGAAGUUUAUUAUGUAAAGUUACUAACUGUAAUACAUGAAGUUAAUAAAAGACUUACUAAAA